AUGGUUUUAAAAAAAAUUAGAACUGAAAAGCAAGAUGUUUUCAGUCAAUCAAACUUAGUACAAGAGUUAAAUGUAAAAGUGAUCAAAGCUGAAAUAUCUAACAAGAGAAUUUUAUUACUUGUAGCUCUCUUAGGAAUAAGUCUUGCUUCAACUUUAUGGUUUACUGGAUUUCAAAGUUCUGUAUUCAAAGAGUUCAUUUGUUGGAAUUUAUAUAAAGAUAAACUAUUAAGUGAAUACAUAAAAGAUUAUGAUGUAGUAUCUUGCUACUAUAAUUUGCCUGAUCCUCAAGUACCCAACAGUUCACAACUUAUGCCUGCUAAUAUUCAUCCUCAUUUAUGCACUCACAUUAAUAUAGCAUUUGCUCAAAUAAAAAAUAAGCAAAUCUAUUUAGAAGACUCACAGUACAAAAUUUUACAUGACCUUGUUAAAAUAAAAAAGGACAAUCCAAACUUAAAGAUCCUCCUCUCUGUAGGAGGUGCUGGUAGUCAUGAUGGCUUUUCAGAAAUGGUAAUAAACCAUGCUGCAAGGAAAACUUUUAUUAGAUCAAUCAAAAGUAUAUUAAAGAAGUUUUCACUAGAUGGAAUAGAUUUGGACUGGGAGUAUCCAGCUAUACAACUAUAUCGGAACAGGUUAGGAAAAAGGGAGAGGCAGCAUUUCUCUCAGCUGUUGCGAGAAAUUAGAGCUGAAUAUAUAAGAGAAAAAAAAGAUUAUUUGCUUACACUUGCUGUGGCUGCUCCACAAGUAAUAGUUGAUGUCGCAUAUGAUGUGGAUCAAAUUAAUAUGUAUGCAGAUUAUGUAAACUUAAUGACUUAUGAUUUUCAUUCUUAUACAAAAUUCACUCCAUUCACUGGUCUUAACUCUCCUCUAUAUGCAAGACAAGGAGAAGAAUUCUACUUUGCCACACUUAAUAUAAAUUAUACUGUGCAAAUGUAUAAAGACAAGGGAUUGGAUCCAAAGAAAAUUGUUGUUGGAAUACCCACUUAUGGGCAUACAUUUACAUUGAUUAAUAUUAACAAUACUAAGAUUGGUAGCCCCGCUUUGGGCUUUGGUAAGCUGGGUGACUUAGGCUUUGUAAACUAUCCUGACAUCUGUGUAUUCUUGAGAAAAUAUGAAAAUAAAACAGUGGUUAAGAACGACAUCCAAGCACUGGUGCCAUAUUUAUACAAUGACUCUGAAUGGGUAUCAUUUGACGAUACAGACAGUGUUAUAGCUAAAGCAAAAUAUAUUAAAGAUAACAAACUGCGAGGUGCAAUGAUCUACUCAUUAAAUGCUGAUGAUUACAAUGGGGUGUGUGAGAAGUUAUCGGGCAGGGUUAAGUUUCCACUCUCUAUAAGCGUUAAAAAUACUCUCAAUAAUAAGCAAGUACCAUCAGAAACAUAUUGCAAGACA